UAUACCUAUCAGCCAUGAAAACCAACCCAUCACCUUCCUAAACCCCAAAACACCCACACAAAAACCAAAAAAACCUUAACAAACACACACUGAGAAAAACCAUUCAUCUUCUUCAUCACACAACCUUAAAAAAACAUUUUCACAGGCACAAAAGAAAAAAAAGAAAAAUCACCAUCAUGUCAUCAUAUUCUUAUUUUUCAGACACUUACGCUGAUGUCGCUGCUAAACCCGGUCGUUAUCCGGGUCGACCCAACUACUACCAACCCCAACUCCGUCGCACCACCCCCACCACUCCCUACAUUCACCCUCAUGGUCGUGGUCGACCCGGACCUGGACCCGGAUCAGGUAUGACCCGAACCGGUUACCAGUAUCAUGAUACCAACAACCUUGCAAACAGAUUUAACCAACUAAGCGUUAAUGAAAAAGAAACUGAAUUUGAAAAGGACGAUAACACUGGGAUUAAUUUUGAUGCAUAUGAGGACAUACCCGUGGACGUAACCGGGUCGGAUGUACCCGACCCGGUAAACAAGUUCACGGAUAUUGAUCUGGGUCGGGUUUUGAAUGAGAAUAUAAGAGAGAGGUGUAAGUAUGUGAAGCCAACGCCGAUUCAAAGGCAUGCUAUUCCGGUGAUUAUGGCCGGACGUGACUUGAUGGCGUGUGCUCAGACUGGAAGUGGUAAAACGGCAGCGUUUUGUUUUCCGAUUAUUUCUGGGGUGUUGAAAGUGCCGUCGGCGAAGAUUCCGGUGGUGUACGGACGGCGGGAGAGGGUGGCGUAUCCUCUUGCUCUUAUUUUGUCUCCCACUAGGGAACUUUGUUGUCAGAUAUUUGAAGAAGCUAAAAAGUUCUGUUACCAAACUGGUGUAAGAGUUGCUGUUGCCUAUGGAGGUGCACCAAGAUAUGAACAGCUACGAAACUUUGAGAGGGGUGUGGAUAUACUAGUUGCCACUCCAGGAAGAUUGACGGACAUGAUUGAAAUAUCAAGAGUUUCACUUAAUAAGAUCAAGUAUUUGGCUCUAGAUGAAGCUGAUCGUAUGUUGGAUAUGGGGUUUGAACCUCAAAUCAGAAAGAUUGUGGAGCGGUUGAAUAUGCCCCCACCUGGUCGGAGACAGACUAUGCUUUUCAGUGCAACAUUUCCUGCUGAAAUUCAAAGACUUGCAUCGGACUUUCUUUCGAACUACAUAUUUCUAUCUGUUGGAAGAGUUGGUUCAAGUACUGAUCUAAUUGUUCAAAAAGUGGUGUUCGUUGAGGACAGUGAGAAGCAGGAGUAUUUAAGAAAUCUUCUUCAUGAUCAGAAAGCUAAUGGAAAUCUUGGAAAGAAUGCGCUGAAUUUAAUUUUUGUGGAGACAAAGAGAGGUGCAGAUUCGUUAGAACGUUGGCUAGGCAAGAUGGGGUUCCCUGCCAUCGCUAUUCAUGGUGACAAAGUGCAGUUUGAACGGGAAAGAGCCUUGAGAUCAUUCAAACUUGGCGUGACUCCAAUACUGGUGGCUACUGAUGUUGCUUCGAGAGGGCUGGAUAUCCCUAGGGUUGCUCACGUGAUCAAUUUUGAUUUGCCACGUGACAUUGAUAGCUAUGUUCAUAGAAUUGGGAGGACAGGCCGUGCUGGUAAAUCUGGAUUAGCAACGGCUUUUUUCAAUGAUAAGAAUUCAUGCAUUGCUAAAGCACUUUCUGAGCUUAUGAUAGAAGCACAUCAGGAAGCACCAGAUUGGCUUAAUCAGUAUGCCGAGAGUUAUGCAGCAUUGAAUGAACAAAAUUAUGGAUCUAAUAAGUUUGGCGGUCGAGAUUUCAGGAAUAGAAAUGAUAGCUCUUAUGGAACUGCUGAUUAUGACAACGCUUCUGAUGGCAAUGACUAUUAUGCUUAUUCUCAAACAAUGAAUGGCACGGCUUCUGGUGGCUAUGACCACUAUGCUCCUACACCUCUGAAUGGAGAUUAUGGUGGGACUUCUAAUGGUUUUGACUCUUAUGCUUCUCAACCUGUGGCAGCAGACUUUGGUGGUGGUGCUGACUGGGAGUGAGUGAUUGAUACCUUUUGCCACCCUAUAUUAUGACUACAUGAAAAUAUUACUUAAUUUUUGCUAACUAAAAAUGAUGGGGAUGGCGGUAUCAAGGUUAUGUAGUUGGCUUUUUGGACUACUUGGUAGAUGGAACUGAUAGAUAAAUGAUUUUUGCAUUGUGGGUUAGUAGUUAGUAGUUACAACCUACAGGUUGCAACCACAAAGGUUUUGCCUUUUUGGAUUAAAGAAGGAUAUGUAAAGAUUCAACAACCAUGAAUGAUAUGGAUUGUUACUUUUGGCAAUGGCAUAUGCACA